AUGGACAAUUUGUUGAACAAUUUGAGGCAAAGAAUACCAAUUCAAGAGAUUUCUAUACCGAAAGAACUAUCUGAUGAUGAAUUACUAAAUGUUUUAACGGAGAUCUCUCAAGAAAACCCAUAUUAUGUGAAGAGUUUCUUUAACAAAUUAUUCAGAACAGAUAUAGAUCAAGAUGAAUUUUAUGAAUUGUUCAGUGAAGUGAUCAAUUCCAAACCAAAACAAGUUACUGAAACUGAUAUAAUAACCUAUAAUAUCAAUGGUGUCCUUGUGAAAAUACGAGAAACUCCAAGAAUUAUUAGUGGGAGUGGAACAACUGGUUUAAGAACUUGGGAGGCUGCUCUAUACUUGUCCUUGUAUCUUUCCAAUCAUUUGGAGCUAGUGCAAAAUGGGAACGUAUUGGAAUUAGGAACUGGUACUGGGUUGGUGAGUUUAUAUCUCUUGAAAGAACCAAAGUUGAAACUUCAAGAUCUUAUAAUUACAGAUGGUGACAGUGCAUUAAUUGAAUCACUAAGUCAUAAUUUCAAGUUGAAUGACAUCUCAAUUGCAAGUGUUAAUUGUCAUUCACUUUGGUGGGGGAAAGACGUGGUUCCAUCAUCUAUAGAUACUAUAAUUGCAGCAGAUGUCACUUAUGAUGCUGAAGUCAUACCCUCAUUGGUUAAGUGUAUUCAAACAGGAUUGGAACAGGGAGCUAAGCAAGCAUUAAUUGCAGCCACUAUAAGAAAUGAGGAUACCAUCAAAGUGUUUGAAGAGACAAUUGUUCAGAAUGGGUUAAAUUUCACAAUUGAAAGUAGAGUGAGGAAACCUAGUGAAUUGGAUGCAACUGUUUGGUUUUCCCAGCUGACACAAGAGAUUAGAAUAUACAAAAUCACCAAAUAG